AUGUUGGGCUCAGCUGCCUUACCUGGCUUGCGUGGCACUCAUGGUUCUGUGUGGAUUUCGAGUCUUGCCACAUUUACAGCAUUUGUGACUCAACUCUCUUCUCAAGGAGACCCUGAGGGGUACACUAUUCUCUCCCCAACAUACUCCUGGUUUACCAUGGCUAGUUAUGAAGAUUUUGUACCCUUAGCUGCUGUUAGUUCUCCAACAGUAUUGUCAAGAUUACCUUCCAUAGCCAUUACCUCCUCCAUAAUGUUCAUAUUGGCGAGCAUAUCAACCUCACCCCCUCAUUGUCAGGCACAAUCAUGCACAUGUACCAAUUGUGGUGGUUCCCAUAAUGCAUUUUAUAGGGGUUGCCCUACCUACAAGUUUACGCCUGAGGUGGCAAUUCUCAUAUUCGAGGUUUCUCUCUUACUCCCUAUGCCAGUCCUUCACUCUGCUCCUGUUCGUCCCUCUCAAGAAGUUUCUACAUCUCAGUGUCUCGUCCUCCUCCCACUUCUACUCCCCCCUCUUCCAGUCAAAUUCCUUGCCACCUUAAAUCCACACACCCCAAUCUCCAUCGCUAUUCCAGACACUGCAAUCUCUACUUCCCCGGUACUUACCCCUCUUCCUCCUCUCCCAACUCAUCGCACAAGACAAGCUAAACGUUCCACCGCACCCUCACCUCCAUCAACCUCUCCCUCCACACCUCAGAGGUCUGUCCCCUUUUCUCCACCUCAUAAGAAAACCUUUGUUUCUCAGACCUCCUCAACCAACUCCACUUCAGAAACUCUCGAAGACAUUCAGAACCAUCAAAUCAGGACACAAGAUAACAUACCUACACCUCAUCCAUCCUCCAAUCUCUCUGCUCCUAUUCCUGCUACAAUCGGAGAAUGGGGUCAUUUGCUCGGAUUUGGCUGCCGUCACUUUGAAGCCAUUGUGGAUUUUAAAGAGGUGUGUGACUACCACCUCAGUGAAUGUGAAGAUCUUCUGGAGUGCCACCUCAACAAGAGAUGGGCUCUCCAAUAUUUGCUAAUUUGA